AUGAGCACAACAGGAGAAAACCACACAGAUUCUACUUCCAGACCAAGCCCGGCCCCGAGUGCCACGGGCUCAACGGGAACUUCAGGUAUUACAGUGCGAGCGGGCUCAAACGGUCAGAUGGGUUUCAGAAGACAACGUGCGUCGCGUGCUUGUGAGGUAUGUCUCUUUGUUCUUAUGAGGUCGACGCGACCUGUGAAAGCCUCGGCACCUCGGCACAUCGCAGCUUUGCUGGAUGGCCCCUAUCAUACUAUCUAUCCAUCAGGCAAUCCUGGUGGUGAUGGUAGUAUAACGCAACCACGAUCAUGGUUCUAUUUGAACAUAUUGUUGGCUAACAUAUUUUACUUCUUAUCUUGUGAAGACAUGCCAUGCUCGAAAAGUGUGCCAUGCACCAACUGUGUGGCCUUUUCGAUCGAGUGCAAGAUCCCCACACCGAAACGCAAAAAGAACCAAACGAAAGCUAAAGAGAGCUCUGGCGAAGAGAAUCCCCAGAAAGAAACACCCAAGGACGACCAGUCGACGACGGACGGCAAGGAUGCCUUCGGUUAUUCAAGUAAUCGAAUGGCCGUCGACGGUAUGCCUGUUACAUCACUCACAGAGUCGCAGGCCGCUCAGCAAGCCACCCAAAAUGGAGCGUAUGCCCAGUUUAUGAAACCAAAGUUUGCGCGUGCCCCGAUCAAAGAAGCUGGCCGCGUCGCUUACCUCGGCGAGUCCUCGAAUCUUUCGCUCCUGGUGCAGGACCGCCAUGGAACGACGGACGUCGUACACUAUCCCCUCCCGCCCAAUAUUCGAGGAUCUCGUGCUAGAUUGGCGGAUCUGGAUAAUUUAGAAUUGGAUAUACUUCAUCAGCGUGGUGCCUUCCUUCUGCCGCCAAAGCCCCUUUGUGACGAACUCGUCGAUGCCUACUUCAAAUGGGUUGCCCCCGUUGUACCCAUCGUUAAUCGCAGCCGGUUCAUGCGGCACUACCGCGACCCAAAGAACCCACCGUCCCUACUGCUCCUUCAGGUUAUACUUCUCGCUGGGUCCAGAGUCUGUACAAACCCCCAGUUGAUGGAUGCCAAUGGUUCGACAACCCCGGCAGCCAUGACAUUUUACAAGCGGGCAAAAGCACUCUACGACGCUAAUUAUGAAGAUGACCGUGUCACAAUUGUUCAGGCGUUGGUACUCCUGGGCUGGUACUGGGAGGGCCCGGAGGACGUUACCAAAAACGUCUUCUACUGGACGAGAGUGGCCAUGGUUGUAGCACAGGGGUCAGGUAUGCACCGAAGCGUGGAAUCGUCUCAACUGAGCAAGCCGGAUAAAAGACUUUGGAAGCGAAUCUGGUGGACCCUCUUUACAAGAGACCGAUCCGUAGCAGUGGCCCUGGGGCGCCCAAUCGGUAUCAAUACAGACGACUCGGACGUUGGAAUGUUAACCGAGGACGAUUUCAUCGAAGACGAGAUUGAUAUAGCAGCCGAGUACCCGCCGGACCCCGUGCAUGUACAGUUCUUCCUGCAAUAUGUGAAGCUUUGUGAGAUCAUGGGAUUGGUACUUGCGCAGCAGUACUCUGUGGCUUCGAAGUCGAGACGCAUGAAUGCUAUGGACCUGACACACUCGGAUAUGGCCCUAGCAGAUUGGCUCCAAAAUUGCCCCAAAGAGGUGUGUUGGCAACGACAGAAUCAUCAUUUCUGGGCCGCCCUCCUUCAUGCGAACUAUUAG